AUGGCUUCCAAAUACACUGUCAGAAAGAUCGGAGCUCCAAACACCUUGGAGCACCGUAUCUAUAUCGAGAAGGAUGGAGUUCCAGUUUCUCCAUUCCACGAUAUCCCCCUUUAUGCCAAUGAGCAACAAACCAUCUUGAACAUGGUUGUUGAGAUCCCAAGAUGGACAAACGGCAAGAUGGAGAUCAGCAAAGAAGAGAAGCAAGACGUCAAGAAGGGCAAGCUUCGUUUCGUCCGCAACUGCUUCCCACACAAGGGUUAUCUCUGGAACUACGGUGCCUUCCCUCAAACUUGGGAGGACCCUAACGUUGUCCACCCAGAAACCAAGGCCAAGGGUGACAACGAUCCAUUAGACGUUUGCGAGAUUGGUGAAUUGGUCGGAUACCCUGGUCAAGUCAAGCAAGUCAAGGUUCUCGGGGUUAUGGCCUUGCUCGAUGAGGAGGAGACCGACUGGAAGGUUAUUGUCAUCGAUGUCAACGACCCAUUGGCUCCUAAGCUCAACGACGUUGAGGAUGUUGAGAGACAUCUUCCAGGUCUCUUGAGGGCUACAAAUGAAUGGUUCAGAAUCUACAAAAUCCCAGAUGGAAAGCCAGAGAACCAAUUUGCUUUCACUGGAGAGUGCAAGAACAAGAAGUACGCCACUGAUAUCGUCCGUGAGUGUGCUGAGGCUUGGGAGAAGCUCAUCACUGGCAAGACCACCCCAGGUGAUGUUUCAACCACCAACGUCACUGUCAAGCACUCAACCAGCCGUGUUGAAGCCAACCAACUUCCUCCUAUCCCAUCUAACGAGAACCUUGCCCCAGCUCCUAUCGACCCAAGCAUUGACAAGUGGUUCUUCAUCUCUGGUGCUGCCGCUUAA